AUGUUCCGCGCGUCCUUACUGGGCCUCCCAGAGGUGUUGUCAAAACAGUGUGAUAUGGAUAAUCCUAUCUCAAGCACAGUCUUUUUCACCACAUUGUAUUCCCUGAGUUUGGAAGUACUGCCAAAUGUACAGUUGCAAGAAAUCAUGAAAAUUGUAUUUUAUAGAGAUUCAACUCUGCAAAAUGUACUGAAUGAAAUUAUGCUGUUUAUUCUGGAUUAUUUUGAUGUGGGACUGUUCAGUGAUGGUUCGCGGAAUAGCGGGAGACGGGCUGGCGGCAAGGUGCAUCAGUGUCCCUACUGUCCGUAUUCCACAGUUAGGAAAGACCACAUGCCCAAACACAUUCGUACCCAUACUGGAGAGAAACCUUUUACUUGCCCCUAUUGUACUUAUAGAGCUGCAUCUAAGGAUAACAUGAGACAGCACAUCCGCACGCACACUGGCUUGAAUCCUUACACCUCCUUACUCCUGUACUCUCUGUCCCUAUCGUGCUGUGCAGAGGUCAACGUUGAAAGGCCACAUGUUAACUCAUCAAACAUAGUGAAAUUAGUUCAGUCAGUUUGUGUGAAAUGGAACAGUGAUGGUUUGACGAAUACAGGAAGAGGAACUGGCGGGAAGUUGCACCAGUGCCCCUUCUGUACUUAUUGUACUGAUAGAAGUAACUACAUCACACUUCACAUAAGAACUCAUACUGGAGAAAAACCCUUUACUUGCCCUUCGUGUCCUUAUAGAUCCUCUACGAAGCACACUUUGAACAAGCAUCUCAGAGUUCACACUGGAGAGAAACCCUAUACCACUAGGAAAAAGAGGCUCACAGAAUACAACUCUUAUCCACACAGGAGAAAUUUGUUCUCAGAUCUUCUUUUCUUUUAUGCUGCAUUGCAGAUCUUAGAGAGUGAGGCACUGACUCUGCACUGUGGUUUGUAUGGUAGCAUGUUGUAUCAGCUGAUACGCUUACAAUCAGUGAAGAUCAGGCGAAGAAAUUCUGUGGGAGCGUUCAGAGACGGUAAGAGGAAUAAAGCAGCAGGAGCUCACAGCAAGGUCUACCAGUGUACUUUCUGUUCAUACUCGACAGAUAGAAAAGAACACAUGACAAAACAUGUCCGUACUCAUACCCAAGAAAAACCAUUUAUGUGCCCUCAUUGCUCGUAUUGCGCUUCGACAAAGAACACAUUGAUCAGGCAUAUUCGUAUCCAUACAGGAGAGAAACCUUAUUCGUGUUCAGUGGGACUGAACAGUGAUGGUACGAGGAACAGUGGAAGAGGAGCCGUCACCAAGGGGAACCAGUGUCCUUACUGUAAUCAUACCACAGUUAGGAAAGACCACAUGUCCAAACAUAUACGCACCCACACAGGAGAGAAACCCUUUGACUGUCCACACUGUCCGUAUCGUUCCUCUACAAAAUAUGCUCUAAACAAACAUAUCAGGGUUCAUACAGGAGAGAAACCUUAUGCUUGUUCCCUUUGUCCAUACCGAGCUUCUCAGAGUUGCUAUGAAACUUCCAUGGCCAGCUCUGUUAUCGCUGGAGUGUUUUGUACUUUGAUGGUCUUCUUGAAUCAGUGCAAAUGA